AUAUAUACGACCUGGGAUAUCAUUUUUAGGGUUAGGGUUUUUCUUCGGCGGCUCGCUCUUCUUCUUCCUAUUUUUCUCGGAGCUCACGAAGCCUUUGUUUCAGUCGAAGAAGCUCUCUACUUUCAGCAACCAUGGGGAAGACACGUGGUAUGGGAGCGGGACGGAAGUUGAAGUCCCACCGUAGAAGGCAAAGGUGGGCUGAUAAAUCGUACAAAAAAUCUCACCUUGGUAAUGAGUGGAAGAAGCCAUUUGCUGGGUCUUCCCACGCCAAGGGUAUUGUUCUUGAAAAGAUUGGUAUUGAGGCCAAGCAACCUAACUCAGCCAUCAGAAAAUGUGCUCGAGUUCAGUUGAUUAAAAAUGGGAAGAAGAUAGCAGCUUUUGUGCCUAAUGAUGGUUGCUUAAACUACAUUGAAGAAAAUGAUGAAGUGUUGAUUGCAGGGUUUGGACGUAAAGGCCAUGCCGUUGGAGAUAUUCCUGGAGUCAGGUUCAAGGUUGUGAAGGUGUCUGGUGUGUCUCUUCUGGCCCUCUUCAAGGAGAAGAAGGAGAAGCCCAGGUCUUAAUUUAUCGGUGGACUUGUAUUGCCAACUCUUUUAAUGUUUGAUUAGAGAAUGAUGCUUUAGGAACUCUUCAUGUUGAGAGUGAAUUUUGUGAACGUUUUAGUUCUCUAUUUUGCAGUAUCUAAGAGUCCCAUUUGGGUAUUAACUGUCAGGUUUAUGUUUUACUUAAAGAUAGACCAAAUUACUUGGUUUAUGUUCUUCCUU